AUGGUGUUAAGCAAACAUAUAGAGUCAUUAGAGUUGGAAAACGAGAUCUUAAAAUACUUGCCAAAAGUCAAAUUACACGCCGAAGAGUAUGUCGAUCAAUAUGACUCUGAAAAAUUGAUCCCCGAAUUUGAGAUCCCCUUGAAAUCGUCCAGUUCUCAUUUGAUUUACAAAUACUUGAACCAAGAAUUGUCGCUUGAUGGUAUUCCUACUUUAAAUUUAGCUUCGUUUGUCAAUACGUUUAUUGACGAUACUCUGAAACGUCUUGCCAUUGAGAAUUUAACUAAAAAUUUGGCUGAUAAUGACGAAUACCCUUCGUUGAUUGAAAUACAAACUAGAUGUAUUACAAUGUUGAGCAAUUUGUGGCACGCACCAAGUGUGAAGGAUCCCAAAACUGGUAACAAGAUUGUAAAUUCAAUUGGUACUGCAACUACAGGAUCUUCAGAGGCCAUUAUGUUGGCUGGUUUAGCGUUGAAAAAGAGAUGGCAAGAAAAAAGGCAAGCACAGGGCAAAUCUAUUGCUAACCCCAACAUUUUAAUGGCCACUUGUGCUCAAGUUGCGUUGGAGAAGUUUGCGGUAUACUUUGAUGUUGAAAAUAGAUUGAUCCCAAUUUGCGAAAAAUCCGGCCAUGUUAUUGAUGUAACAAAGAUUAAGGAGAAUAUUGACGAGAACACGAUUGGUAUUUUUGUUAUUGUUGGAUCUACGUUUACUGGUGCUUUUGAGCCGGUUGAGGAGAUAUCACACAUUUUGGAUCAAGUGGAAAAGGAAACAGGAUUGGAUAUCAGAAUUCACGUUGAUGGGGCAAGUGGCGGGUUUGUUGCGCCUUUCUCUUUUCCAAAUUUGAAGUGGGAUUUUGCCAUUCCAAGAGUUGAUUCAAUUAAUACCUCGGGUCAUAAAUUUGGCUUGACUUCAGUUGGUUUAGGUUGGGUUAUUUGGAAACAUUCAGAUUUACUACCAAAAAAGCUCAGAUUCAGUUUAGAUUAUUUGGGAGGUGUUGAAGAAACGUUUGGUUUGAAUUUCUCAAGACCUGGGUACCCAGUUUUAAUGCAGUACUACAACUUUUUAACUUUGGGUAAAGAAGGCUAUGCUAGCAUAUUCGAUGUUGCUCUAUCCAAUGCAAGGGUGCUUUCGGACUAUUUGGAAAAAUCUAGUUAUUUUGAAGUUUUAUCAAAUAUCCACAAACCAAUUACUAAGGAAGAGAAGGAAAAGUAUUAUACAAGAGAAGUUCAUCACAAACUAUCUGAUAUCUGGACGGUUAAUCAAAAUUUCCAACCUGGCUUACCUGUGGUUGCCUUUAGAUUCAGUGAAAAGUUUAGAAACGAGUACCCCGAAAUUCCUCAAGAGUUGUUUUCGACAUUGUUGCGCAAAUCUGGGUUCAUUAUUCCCAACUACAAAUUGCCACCAUCCGAGACAAAUGUUGAGAUUUUGAGAGUUGUUGUGCGUAACUCGAUGGGAUUAUCGCUUUUGGAAAGAUUACUUGCCGAAUGUUCGAGAACAAUUGACUUGUUGAUCAAAUCGGCUAAUUAUGUUAGAAACGUACUCGAUGUUAAGGAUGUACAUUCAGCUGCCGAGAAUAGAGAGGCUAUCCACAGUUUAUUGUUGACAAUUGCCUCUGGUGGAACUGCCGAUAUUAGAAAGAAUUCGCACAAGAAGAAUAGCCACGAAGCUGGAAAAAACAAAAAAUCGUAUCGUGGUGUUUGCUAA